UUUAGUUCUGUCCUUGUGUCUCGCGACGACGUCAGUGCGCGCGUUCUAUCGACGCACAACUAUUCGUCAAGAUCUCAUUUGAAUCACGGACAACCAUGGCUAAAGAGAGAGCCCGUCGCGACUCGGGGCAAAGCACAGAUAGUGUGCAGGCGAGCGUACAAGGAGUCGGUGCGGGCCUGGAAGGCGCUGCAAAGGGCGGCAGCGACGUAGCCGAGACCAUCUCCCAUUUUCACUAUGCACCAACUGCAGUUGCUCUGUUGCCAGUAUUAGCAUCUCUUAUCGUUGGAUCCGACUUGACUGACCUGACACUUCUACUUCUGGUCGCAAUAUAUUUGCACAACUGUGUCACGGUGCCAGCGGACUACUACAAGCACUCAAGAAGGCGCUACAAAUCUAUAGAUACAGCGAAUCUAUCAGAGAGCCAGGCAUCGGCAUUGCGAAAGCAGAGGGCGAAUGAGCUGCACGCCUUCUUCGGUCUUAUCGUAGGACCGAUCCUCGGCGCGUGUCUUUUGCAUUAUGUACGCACUAUCAUGGGGAGGCCAACAAACGGUCUGAUCAGCAACUUCAAUAUUACGAUAUUUGUCCUUGCAGCGGAAAUCAGGCCUAUAAAGAUCGCCCACGAGUUCUUGAGCUCAAGGUCUGAUCAUCUACACGAAGAACUGCAAGAUGUACCCCCGAGCAAGUACGAUGCUCUAGCACACAAGUUCGACGAUCUCUUGCAAGAUUUUUCUCUUUUGCAGCAAAAAGUAUCGAGUGACGACAGCAGCAUGAGGAAGAAUGUGUCAGGUAUCGUUACUCACGCUAGCGAUGAUAGUGGGCAGCUAGACGCUGUCAAGUCGGCCGUGCGACAUUUCGAACGACAGAACCACCAAGAGAAGAAACUUUUACGUGCUCAGUUGCAAGAGCUUGGGGCGCGCUUGGAUCGCCUUGAGCGCCGUAAUCUUGAUUUGCCGACACAUAACACGCCGGGGUCAGCAUUUGAGAGCAUUAUGACGUUUCCUAUGCGACUGUUUUAUCGUUGCUGGACGAUCUUGACAUUUCCUUUCAGACUUCUGCAUCGAAGUGGAUGAAUGCAGUCAACCUUACGAUGUGUUCAGCGAAUCCUCACUGUCCGUUAUUUCGUGGAGCAAUUCAGUAGUUUGAGAGCAUUUUCUAUGAUUUCUUCAUUUCUUACGCGGUG